AUGGGGGUUAUUAUCGGAAAGGCUCAUUUAUUAAUAAGCGUAUAUGGAAGUUUGGAUCCUGCGGGAGUCUUGGAAGUGUAUAAGGACUGUCGAUUUAAUUCAAAAAUCGCAAAAUUCGCGGACGCUUUUUACACGAAUCGCGGUGGUUACGCCACUGUGUUAAAUGUGGCCAGUCUUAAUGUUUUCGCAAAUAUUGGAUCGGCACCCCAGCCUGACUGCUGCUCGUCACAACUCACCCCACGUCGUAAUACAAUUUGUUUUAAUUUUACAAUAACGAUGCCUAGAUGUUUUCAUACUGAAAACUUAGUAAUCAAAUUUGUGUACGUGCAUGUGCGUGUACUUAUUAUAAAAGAAUCGCGUACACCAGAUCGGCUUCACAUGCGUUCUUUUGCACCAGAAUGUAGCCACAUUAAAGCGGCGCUAUGGUAUUCCGAUUCCGUGAGAAACGAAACGAAGUAUAAUGGCUACCAAAUCCACGGAUUGUGUUUUGGCUCUAUUUGAUAACGACACUGCGAAGAGAAUGAUUACAUUUACUUCGGACCGCGUAUAGACAUGAGUGCGUAAGAAUAAUUUUCUCUCUAUUUUUUAUUCUACUUAUGACACGACU